CCAGUCUCUUGUUUGUAGCGCGGACGGUCGAGUGCGUUCUGUGUUCGUUUGUUUCGGUGUUCAGGUGCUGACUUCGUAGUGUUUUGUUUCUGCGAUUCUCUUCUCUUCGAUGACGUCUAUUCAAAUCGAAGUAAAGUAACGUGAAAUAGGACUUUUGUGUGUGUGAGCAGUUUAUUACAACCACAUAAAAAAGGAUUUAUUUUACUACAGUCUAGGAUAACAAUAACUAAAGUUAACUGAAGAAUUCAAACGCCCUCAUGAAUGUCACCUGAAGAAUUAUUACAAGUUCUUCUUGUCCAAGCUUUAUAAUGUGAAGAACUAGCUCGACUGAUGGAGGAGGAGGACGAGAGAGGCCCCGAGGAGGGCCACCUCUUGGUCAGGAUCCAUGUCCCCGAACUUAACGUCCAAAAAUGCCUCCAAUUUCCUAGGGACCAAUUAGUCUGGGACGUCAAGCAACAGUGUCUGGCUGCGCUACCGAAGGUGGCCACUUGGUAUAGGGAACUGAAAGAAAGCUUCAAUUAUGGCCUUUUUUGUCCUCCGGAUAACGGCAGAGCGGGGAAGUUCCUUGACGAGGAACGACGACUGGGAGAUUAUCCAUUUAAUGGUCCAGUGGGAUAUCUAGAGCUAAAAUACAAGAGAAGAGUCUACAAAAUGAUGUCUCUCGAUGAGAAGCAGCUGAAAAGCUUGCAUACAAGGGCAAAUCUACGUCGUUUUAUAGACUACGUUCAAAACGGGCAAGUGGAAAAAAUUACCAAAAUAUGCUCUAAGGGUUUAGAUCCUAAUUUUCACUGCCAGGAAACAGGAGAAACUCCACUGACCAUAGCAACAGGCAUUAAGAAGCCCGCUAAAGUCCUUAUGGCAUUAGUAAACGGUGGUGCUUUACUGGACUACAGGAAAAAAGACGGUUCGACAGCUUUACACCGUGCCGUAGAACAUCGAAGUUUAGAAGCCUUAAAAACUCUAUUAGAAUUAGGAGCCUCACCGAAUUAUAAAGACAAUAAAGGACUGACUCCCCUUUACUACACCAUUACCUUAGUUGUAGAUCCAACUUUUACAGAAACUUUGCUGCACGAUCAUGCUACAACAGGAGCUCAAGAUGCGCAAGGUUGGCAGGAGGUGCACCAGGCUUGUCGGACUGGUCUUCAGGCUCACCUAGAACACCUCCUCUUUUACGGAGCGGACAUGAACGCUCAAAACGCCUCUGGGAAUACCCCGCUCCACGUUUGCGCAGUCAACGGCCAAGAAUCAUGUGCUCGACAGUUGCUGUUCCGAGGCGCAGACAGGCAAGCUCUCAACUACGCUAACCAGACACCUUGUCAAGUAGCUGUCAUCGCUGGGAACAUGGAGCUGGCUGAGAUUAUUCAAAAAUACAAGCAGGAAGAUGUUGUCCCUUUUCGCGGUCCACCUAGUUAUAAUCCAAAGCGCAGAUCUGCCAUAGGAUGGCUCAACAGGGCACCGUCCAUGAGUACCCUAGCCCUACCUCCAAGUCCUUGUCCUAGUGACAGAUCCUCAGCACCUUUCAGUUCAGCCAGUUCCAGCCUCUCGGAGGGAAGCGCUCUGCCAGGACAUGAGACUGAUACAGCCAGCAUUGUGACAGUGUUCGCACUGGGUGUUACAGAUAAAAGCCUGGGAGACACGAGCGACAUCAUCAGCGACAGUUCCGGAGUGGGUACCGCUAAUUCGGACACGACUAACUGCACCAUCUGGAUGCCUGGCAGCACCGUGGUCUGCAUAGAGUCCUACACAUCGAAAGAAGAUGGUCAUAUCAGCAUAAGAGAAGGAGAUAUUAUAGAAGUCCUUGCUGCAACUGAUGAUGGCUAUCUGGAGGGAAAAAUAAAGAGUGGUGGAGGUCGCACUGGAUACUUUCCGGCGUCGUGUGCUCAGGAAGUCCGCUUACGCCAUCACAACAUCCAAGCUCCGAUGAUGGUAGCGAAAGAUCCGAGACCUCCGAGUCAGACCAGCAGCCGAGUACUGGGUAGGAGGGAAAGUACCUCGAAGCAUUUUGCUACCGCACCAAGAACAACCAAGAAAUCGUUUGCAAACUUACCUGCUGAACCACGCACGGUGGUGCUCCAUAAGGGCAAGAAGGGUUUUGGAUUUAUUUUACGUGGAGCCAAAGCUACUUCUCCCCUUAUGGAUUUGACUCCUUCAGAUAAGUGUCCAGCUCUUCAGUACCUCGAUGAUGUAGAUCCUGGAGGCGUCGCAGACAUUGCGGGACUCAAAAAGGGGGAUUUCUUACUCGAAAUAAAUAACGAAGAUGUAUCUUCGGCUUCACAUGAACAUGUCGUAGAUCUUAUAAGAAAAUCUGGAGAUCUGGUCCAAAUGACGGUCAUGUCUCUGGGGCCCCCCGUUUGUGGGGUUCUUCCUAUGAGCAAGUCGACCAUCUUACCAGGAGGUACAGGCACUAUUCCGUUGAGUAGUCGAUUUGCUACCUUACCGAGGAAAGCGGUAACCUAUGGCGGUACAUUGGGCAGGUCAACGCAGGCCCCGUUGCCGCCCAGAAGAGAUCCAAAGACCACGCUUAGCGUCGGCAGAGCAAGAGCAAAGAGCAUGGUCGCGGGAUUAGGAGGAGAAAAAGAUGAGACUGAUGAUAUAACAAAAUCGAGUUCCGCGGAGUCGAUACACCAAUCCACUCCAGGUAGUACUUGUACCUCUACUCCGGUUCAACCCCGAACGGCGUCGAUCAGACAGCGACCUUCCUCUACUAGUCUAAAACAUUCUGUGUUAGAAGAGCUUUUCCAGAAACAGAAGGAGAGCAGCAUCAUGAGCCAAAGCUCCUUGAUGAGCAGCUCCAGAUUCCAGUGCUCCAAUUCUUCAGGUUCGCCCAGCAAGGGCAGGGUGUAUGCCAGUGUUGCUGAGAUGAAGAGAAGUAAAAGCAAAAACCCCAAAGUGAAGUUCACAGAACUUUUCACCGGUGGAAAAGAACUGAAACGAACCUUCCACAGCACUCCUGAUUUGGUUCAAGAUCUAGCUUACAAUUGUCAAACGUUGCCGAGCAAAUUCCAUCGCAGUCAAGAGGAUAUUUCACUCUUACUGGGAAAUAGAAGUUUACCACCUCCGAGUCAUCCCCCACCCCCGAUACCUUCUCAUGUGCAGCUGGUGAAGGUGGACGUUUCCAGAGGAAAGCACUCAGAGUAUGAUCACUUGAAUAGGGAAAUACCAGAUGAAGGUAUCGUAUCUUCCUUUAACCCAACAGCGAGUGCAAAGUUGUAUGCGUCUCCUGAAGAUAUGAAAACUGUCGGCUACAGAUCUAAAAGUCUACCAUCUCAUACAUCUAAAACACAAAUCAGAAAGUCGCAGAGUAUGAGAACGAACAAUACCUUCAAACCGACGAAUAACAACAACGUUUCGAAUAAAGUACCAGCUGACACACAACAGAGUAAUCCCUACGCUCAACCAAUCAGGGCUUCGAGGUCGCAUUCUACCGGGUCCAGAGAACGUAGGAAAAAGGUACCGUCAAGCAAAUCGAAUCCAAAAUUAUCACAGCAACCUGGAGCACCCCCUAUACCAGAACCAGAUUACAGCUGCACUGAUUCCGAAGGGGAAAGCGAAAGUGUUCCUAGGAAAACUGACAGUUUAGCUAGUCGAAUCAAUAGUAUACAGCUUCAAGCUACAGAAAAUAGUGGAAAUAGUAAUGCGAGUGGAAGUUCUUCGGGGAGCAGCUCGAUACCGCAUAGCUUCAGCGUCGAGGAAAUCCAACGCGGCCGAUCCCUCCUCAAAUCCUCCAAGUCGUACCCAGACGAUCUUCUAAAGAAACAGAAAGAGGCGGAUGCUGCUUUAGAAGACGGUGAUAAUAGCUCGUCCGGGGUCAGUUCCGAUCAGGAGAUUAUGCCCUGCGGGAAUACCGAGCUCACCGAACAAAACAGUAUAGUGCCUGGUAAUAAAAACCAGAGGGCACAAAUAGGUACACUAAAACGCCACGCAGUGUCUUUGGCGCAACUACCCCCACCCAUCGAAAACGAAACGGACGAAAAAGAAGAGUUCUGCUUGCCGCCGCCCCCCGAAUUCGGUGAGAACAACCCCAAUUUCAGCGACGUCGUGGUGGCGCCCCCGCCACAGUUCAGUGAUAACCGGCAGAUUACGAGAGUACGGAUCGUAGGGGCAGUACCAAAAGGCACUUUAGCAGUCAAUACGCAACCGAAACUGAAACAAAAUCGACUACACAGUCAGUAAAUCCAAAAGGCUGACUCUACACAUCAACGUCGUUUUUUACAUUACACUUUUUUACGAUUUAAUACUCAAUUUUUGAUAUUCAAUGACAAUUACAGACACAGCUUUUAUUAAAAAUCCUUUAUUUAUUUUUAUUUAUACGAAAUACUCGUUUCUUUUUUAGAUAUUAAAAAAAAAGAAUAUUAGGUAUGCAACCUAAGUAAAAACAGAAUAUAUUGUAUCUACUAUACUACAUUCAUUCCCAAGAUAAGCUCAGCCGCCAGGUUCAGACCUCUGAUUGGUGGGUCUGUCGUGUCGUUACGACAGACCCUCCGAUCCCAUACCUCUCGAGCUUAUUUUGGAAAUGAAUGUAGUUUAGUAGCGGUUUCUUUUUGUUUUUGAGUAAAUCUUUACCUCCACUAUACUUUUUAAUUACAAAAUUUUAUAUACUUACAUAAAUACUACGCAGUUGGAAUCAUUUAGUGAUAACUCAGUCCUUAAAAUAUUUGUCUUCUAGAAACUAACUUAACUAUAGUUCGUUGUCAAAAUAAUGAAAAACACAUAUAAAAGUUUGUUGCUUUGUGGUUUACGGAAACAAUUAAAUGAAAUUAAAAUAAGUGUAAGACAACGAACAAUAAUAUACUUAUUUAUUUUUGGUUAAAAAGGCGUGCUUAUAUCUCGUAAGAGGGUUUGUUAUUCUUUGCGGGACGAGGGUUUGUGUCUACCUCUGUGUCUACCUGUGGAUGAACUAAAGACAUUAGUUUUACAUUUCUGUGGUUUUUAAAGAAGUUGAAGACUGAUUUAUUGACAUAAGGAGGCUGUCCCUUUAUCGUCCCGUAAUCUGUUAUGAAAUUUGCGUUUCCAAUACAUAAACUGAACAGGCCAUCAACAUCUGGUGUUUUAAAAGCUGAGAAGGCAUUUGAUCUGAAUGCUGAUAUAUUUCGUUUCUUAAAAUUUAACAGGCCCUUUAUGCAUAUGGUUUGUGAAUUUUAAAAUGGGAGGUAUUAUUUCAUUUUGAAAAAGUUAUUAAAAAUUAAAAUAUGCAAAAUAGUAAUGGAAGCGUGUCGCCACAAGUUUAAACAACUAUCUAUAUAGAAGAGGUUUGAACUUACAAAUUGAAGUUUCCAAAGUACCUAUACCUACCUACUCUCCAAAGAGAGUUCCAAAUACCACAAAACAGAGAAAUCUAUCGCUUGGUGAUAAUUCUUCGGUAGAUUAUGUCACAUAAAAAGAAGAAGAACUACUGAUAUCUUUGUCGACGGUACUUGCCAGUACUUUACCGAAACGACGGUACUUGUCUGUGGUGUUUGAUAGCGAGACCUUUAUAUCAAAACUUUUUCAUUAUAAAACUCCACCAAGAAAUUCGGUAUCCUUCAUAGAAGCCAGCAACUGUUUUCUUCUUCUUGUAGUGCCUAUCCGUUUCGGAUGUUGCUGAUCAUCAUGGCAAUCUGUGCUUUGCAUACAGCUGCUCUGAAAAGAUUUGUAGUUGUUGUGUUGAACUACGUACGUAGAUUUUUCAUCAAUAUACUUCCUGCUGUAUAAUAUUCUCUGUCCACCAGUUACAUCUUCUUACAACUCGAAAGUGUUAUCUCUGUGGUCUUCAAACAAUUUCUCUACGUAUUCUUUCCACGUUCUGAUUUUAUUCUGUACAAGAUGAUGUUUCCAUCAUAAUCAUCUAGAUUUCCUUUCUGUUUCCAUCUAAGUCCACCUGCCAGUUUUUUAACUUCCUAUGUACACCGUAACUAUAGUACUUUAAGUGUAAUCUCAAUGUCUUCGCAUCUUUCCAUUACUUCUUUUUCUUUGGCUUCCUGAUUUUCUUUAUUUGUUUGAUUGUUAAAUUUUUCGUUUUAUAUCUGUCUGUGUUAUCUUUACUUUUUCUUCUUUCGUCUAUAAUCUGCAGAAUCUGUCAUUCAUAAUUUUUUCUUGAUUAAUUUUUCUUCCUUUAAAUGUUUAUCCUUUACAAUUUGAACUGUUUCUGUAAUCUGUUUUUCUGUAAUCGUUUGUUUUUCAUUUGAUGAAUCACUACUUGCAGUUACUUCCUCGGUUGACUGGCUUGUAACCUCAUUUUUGUAUUAAGGUCUUUUAGCAUACGUAGAUCGUUUGAUAGUGAUUUCCUUUUCUACAUUCUUAUAUAAAUACUCUCACCAGUAGAAGGUGGUCCGUCUCAAAUCUGAUCCAGGAUAAGUCUUGACAGAUCUACAAGUCGACAGAACUCUCUGAAGCCGCCAAGCUCAGACCGAUCCAAAACUUUGGUUAAGCGACGUUGUCAGAUUAAUCGGGUUUCAAAGGUUUUUUUUAGUACCAGGUGUACAGCUUUCGAGGUGCUAAUUGAAGGAUUGUGUUGGUGACAACUAGUUCUGAGCAUUAUGCGAAUUUUUCUAGAUGUCCUCUUACAUUACAUAGUAUAGUAUAUAAAAUCUUGAAACAAAAACCAUGGGGUAUAAUAUCACUCAGUACAAUAAUAAUACUAUUUUAUUUAGAGCUUUUUUGAAAAAUGUACAUCGACAAGUAACGGUGGUUUAGCAGACUACAAAACUUUCAUUUCACGCAUUCAAAACGUACUAUAAAACUAAAUUUUCUUAGUAAAUUAAGCUUUUAAAAACAUAUUUACUAUAAGUAAGUAUAAACUUUUAGAUUUUUAUCAAUUCUUUUUUAAUGAAAGCUGUGCAAAUCGUAGUUACUACGUAGGUCUCACAAUUAUCUUAUACAAAAGUAGUAUCUACCAAAUACAUACCCAUUGCUCUAAUUUUAGCAGCGAACACUGUUUAUAGUCCUGGAUCCCGCGUACCUAAUAAAAUAAUAUUAAUAUCAAGCUGAAAAUUUGUUCAUAGCUUAACAGUGUCGAGUCGGACAAACUUUGAUGUAUGGGAACACUAAAACGGGGGAAGUUUUUUUUGUGGAACGUGAUAAACGUGUCAUCCUGACAAUUUUAUGAUUCUGAAAAAUAGCAGGCUAUUUUUUAGUUUAUUCAAGAGCCAAUGUUAUAUAACAUACGAAAAAAUAUUUGUCUGACAAAAAUGUUGGGCAUUUUAAUCAGUCCGACACGUAGAACAUGUCAAAUGACAGGAAUUAUGUUGGUAAUAAAUAGCAAUCUAAUUUUUGAAUGAGAGUUUAAUGAAAGAGUAAAAAAUCAAUUGGAAGUUCUGUCCGACAAAAUUCACGGAAAGUUUUCUUAGUCCGACAUUCGAAACUGUCUAUAUCUUACAGAUUUCGAACGUCGGACUCAAAAAACUUCCACUGAAUUUUGUCGGAUAGAACUUCCAAUUGAUUUUUUACCCUUUCACUAAGCUCUCAUGCAAAAAUCAGACUGAUAUUAAUCACCAACAUAAUUCCUAUUAUUUGACAUGUUCUACCGGUCGGACUGGAUAAAAUACCCAACAUUUUUGUCGGACAAAUAUUUUUAAAUACAUUAUAUAAAGCUUGCUAUUGAAUAAACUAAAAACAGCCUGCUAUCUUUCACAAUCAUGAACUUGUCAGGAUGACACGUUUAUCAUGUUCCACAAUUAAAGAUUCUCUGUUCCAGUGUUCCCAUACAUCAAAGUUUGUCUGACUCGGCACCUUUAAGCUAUGAACAAAUUUUAAGCUUGCUAUUAAUAAUUUUUUAUUUGGUACGCGGGAUUCAGGCCUAUUAGGUACUUCAGUGUCAACUGCGCGAUAUGCUUCAAACUAUUCGUUCAGUAUUUUCAGAAGAGAAGACUUGUAGGAUUUUUUAAACUAAAAGGUAAAGAGGAUAGUUUUUAACGGAAUAGCUGUAAAGGGCUGAUGCUAAAUGUUUUAUUGAAUGAAGUAUUUAUUUACGCUGAUACGGGUCGGUAUUGGAUUAUAGUAAAUACGAUAUUUUCCAUUGAAGGAGUCAGUUUCAAAAGUAAUCAAUUGCGAUUAUUUUUGAUUUUUUGUUUUUGAAAUUGACCACUUAUUUAUUUGCUGGUUGUUACAACGCCUUUGAAGACUUUGUAUCUGAUUCAUACGAUGCUCUACUUAUUUUCACAAUAAGCGUUCGAUCUCAUUAUCUCACUCAUAAUUGAUUUUAAUGCAACUAUAACAAUUUGAUAGCAUUUUUGUAGAACGGUUAAUCUGCCGGAAACAGAAAGAACUGCCGUUCUUUCUAAUUUAUUAUUCAUUCUGGAGCACCUUUAUCUCACUAGAAGUGUGAGACUGGCUAUUUUCUUCAAGGUAUUUUUUUUUCAAUUGUUUCUAUUGUAGACUCUGAUCUAGUCUUCACUAUAUUACAAAAGAUACCACAAGUAGGGUCAUUGUAUUUGUGUUGCUAAGCCCUAUAAAUGAUAAUAUCAUGUGACGAAUCAGGUACAAUUAUGAAAUAUAAUAAUAUAGCUGCAGCGUUUUGAAUUGGCAGGCCAUGUAUUUAGAAUGUGAGAAAACAGGCUUCCAAAAAAUGAUACACGGGAAGAUUGGGAAACGAGAAAGCGAUGGAAGGAUGAUGUGGAUGAGGACGAAAUCAAUCUUCUUGGUAGUCGAUUGUGGAGAAGAAUGGCUUCAAACUCAAGGAAUGGAGAGGUUUGCUGAGGGAGGAAGGGGUUCUAAUUGGGCUGUAGAGCUAUAUGAUGGAUCUGGGUUGCUUAUUUCACGUUCAAAGGGCUUGUAACGACCUGCCUCUAUUAUAUAUAGCUAAUAAAACUGUUAUUGGGUUGCGAAACCGAAACUUUUUUUAAUCCAAAGCUUCUUUUUGCCUUAAUCAAGUCUUUGUAUUUAGAAACAUUCCGUCAUUUAUAUUAUAUUCAUCCUGCCAAAAUAUAUAUUAAUUAGAAAUGAUAUUUUUGGACUUAUUGAAGUGUUCAUAUAUAUUAUUGUUGUUGGUUAAUGUAAUUGUGAUUUGUUUUAACUUUUAAAUUCAGUUUGUAAAUACUUGAGAAGUUGGUUUUUUUGAAUUCGCUACAUUACAAUGACUAUAACUUUGUCACAUAAACUUUUUGAGGUUAGGACAAAAUUUUGAUCUUUUGAGAUAAAUUAUCUAGGAGUUUUUUUCACUUCUCAGUGUCAGUUAUAAAUUGGUUAAAAAGAUUUUCUAAGAAAGCAUUGCAAUAAACUAUCCUAAAUAUAAUUAUAUAAACUGUCCUAAAAACAUUUUUUAAAUUAACAGGUAUGCAAAUGAAAUAGAUUUGAUGCAGUUGUCAUUUUAGAGUGCUAGAUAUAUAAUAAUAUCAGAAGUCCAUUUCCAGUGCGAGCAAAUUUUGUUCUGUUCGCUUAUUCAGUUGCCAGGUUUCACAUCCACAAUACCACGCUUUUAAAGAUGAUAUUAUAUAGCUGUGUUUUCUUUUCUUAUGAUAUGGUUUUUGACCAAAGUAGUGAGUUCAAAGCUCCUAAAACUUUCUUUCCUUUCAUAAUUUUUUCCUGUAUUUCAAAUUCUGUUUUUCCACUUUGUUGGAUUCUCGUUCCAAGCUAUACAUAAUCAGAGCUUGGCUCAAUAACCAUAUCAUUCUCUAGUUUUAACUCAUUUUUCUGUCCUCCUAUACGCAUAUAUUUGGUUUUCUCUAUAUUGACGUAUAGGCCCCAUUUUUUGUAUUAUCGAAACAGCCGGUUUGUCAUAAAUAUUAGAUCAUCUUGAUCCUGGGCAAUCACCACCUGAUCGUCAGCAAAAUGUAGUGUGUAUAGUGUAUAGUGUUAAGUCGUCAUUUAGCUAUAUCGCCAUGCCAGAACAUGAGGUUUGUUCCAACUCGAUAAAAACCAUUCUUGAAUCGUUACGCGCAUGCGCAAUAACGAAUAAUUGUGCGCAGUAACAUAUUUUUCGUUACUGCGCAUACUCGUAACCGUUCAAGAACGGUUUUGUAUCGAGUUGGAACAAACCUAUGAUUUCCGCCAUUUAUUCAGGACCUCAUUUAUAUAGAUUUUAAACAGUGUAGGCGAUAAGCUGCAUCCCUGUUGUAGUCCCUUAUUCAGAAUGAAAUUAUCGGAUAAUCUGUUGCUGAUUUUUAUGUUUACUUGAAUGUUGUUAUAGAAUUUUUGCACUGCUUUUAUUAAAGUUAUAUUAAUAGGGGAUUUUUCCAGGACUUGCCAUAAAUUUAAGGUGCUAGAUAUCAUAUUUAAUGAGUUUCAAUAAUAAUUUCAUUGAAGUACAUUUUUCUGUAUUAUAGUUUUGUAAGUAAUUCUACUGUUUGAACUUCAACAAAGUUGAAUAAAUAAGACCAAAGUCUUCAAUUCAUAAUUUUUAGCUUAUCUAUUAUAGAACUCCACCUUCUUUAAAGAUGUCUUCAAGCCAUUUGUGUUUAGUUUUUCUCGUUCUUUAUCAGCAUCUUCUAUGGCGUGUUUAGAAAUUUUUUCGAAAUACAUAUAAAAGAAAAAAGGGUACGAUGUAAAUCCUUGUCAUUCUUCGCAUUGUACUAAACUAGAUCUGUCAUUUUUCUGUUCUAGCUCAUCCUUUCAUGCCACCCAUGCAGGCAUGAGAGAGGGCAAAUUGUGCGAAAAGAGGCAUUUAUGCGCAUGUCUGCUUACAUGCGCGUGCGUAUGAUUUAAUCGACAAUUUUUUCGUUUGAUGUAUUCUGUUAUUUAAGAGUACAUUCGAGUUACUUUCUUCAUUAUAUAUAAUGUUUUAUAUAAGUUUAUUAUAUUAUUUAUAUUAGUUUCUUUAGCAAAGUAAUGGAGGGAUAGUUUCUGUUAGUUACAUUGUAUUAUCAACAAUUUAAUACGUAUCUCAUUUAAUAAAGAAUAAUAUUCAAAAAUAUGUAAUAAAUGAACCAACUUCUCAAAUAUUUCGCACCACUACACGCUACUCGACACGAGUCACUCCCUAUUUUUGUUUAUAAUUGUGUAUUUUAUCAACUAUUUGUAACAUUGUGUUAUUUGUUUUGUAAGAUAUGCUCAAAUAUUGCCUAUCCAUCGAUAAGAACUAGGUUAAAUUUGUAAAUAUAUUGAUGGGGUUACAGUUACUGUACGACUGCAAGCUUUUGUGCAGUAACUACAAUUUUCUGUUAGAACUAGUAACGGAAGAGACCUGAUUUUUGUUUUAUAUACAAAUUUAAAGUGGCAUGUACUCGGCGACCUAUAUACAGAGAUAUAGUCCAGGUUGUGAGGCCACUCCUGUAGGAAAAAUGUUUCAGAUUCGGAUUCUUUGUGGAUUCCGGUUCAAAAAUAUCCCCUUUAAGAAAAUCUGAAGGUUGCCUGUCAAAAUUUUUGGUCAGAAACUGUUUAAACAUUUUUUUAAAACAAAUUCCGAAAGAACACUCACUGCAAACAGUGCAUCCCGGAUUGCCAGACCUUUCCUAAAACCUAUUUUUUUGUUACUUAUGCCUUCGUGUUCAUUGCAGUCCUUUGCAUUGGCUUUUUAAGAAGCAGUAUAUAUGUCGAUAGGAGCCAUUCUUUAUGUAUUACACCUGUUCUAUAUGGUAUUGAAUAUAUCCGAAAGGAGGUCAAUAGAUUCAAUAUCCACAAUUUUGAGUAAUUAGAUAAAAACUUCAUCAGACCCUGGAGAUUUAGGUACCACUUUUAGCCCCCUUCAUUGCAUAUUCGAUUUCUUCUCGUAUGUCAGGCCCAUCUUUAAAUUCUUUUGGUGCUUCUGUUCUCCCUUCAUCUUCAACGUGCUAUAUAUUAUGUUUAUCUCUGCAUUUUCUGGUUUUUAUCUGAUAUAAGUGCAUCACUUUCAUCUCUUAAUUGCCUAGUUUGAAGUGUUUUUCUCAUUUUUGUUAGAUCCCUAAUUCUUUUAUGCAUGUUAAAAAGUCAUAUGUUUGCUAAAAUUCAUCCAGUUCUUGACACUCCUUAUGUAAUACUCUCUCUUGAACUUCUUUUACUUUCUUUUUAAUUAAUCGAUCGGUUUCCUUAAGGUUAAAUGGAUUUAUUAUCAUUAAUAAUACGCUGAGAAAUAGUUUAGCCUGCUGGGAGAACUCUAGCAACACUGCCUGACACAUCAACUUUCACUCUCUUUCACGCCACCACUUUCGCCCCACUGCAUUGCUCAGUGUCGACCUGGCAGCCUUCGAAUAAAUAUUGAGGUAACGGUAGCUGUUGCCGUCAAUGUGAAGUUCAUGCGCUGAUACGUUUUUUAAACGCAAAAUGGAUUUCACCUAUUAAUAUCCAUCGUUAGUUAAUCGAAGUUUAUGGGUAAAAGUGCAUAUCUGUUCAACAUGUUCGCAAAGAACGGAAAUUCACGAUGAAAAUGGGAGCGGAAGGCAUUCAGAUUCAUCGUGAAUUUCCGUUCGACCUCCACUGAAUUCUCUACACCCUUUGCGAACAUGUUGAACAGAUAUGCAUUUCUACUUAUAAACUUGAUUAACCGACGAUAAAAGUCGAUAUUUUUUAAAUCCAAUUUGCAUUUAAAAAACGUAUCACAGCAUGAAGUUGGUCGCAUGGUAACAGUGACCGUGACCUCCAUAUUAAAAGGCUGCUAGGUCGACACUGAGCAAUUCGACCAGGCAAAAGUGAUGGUGACAGCGAGAGACAGAGUUGAUGUGUAAGACAGUGUUGCCAGAUUUCUCUCAGUUUACUUAUUCAGUUAUCCAGUCUUUAUGAUUUCGUUUCUUUGGUUUUAAGUGCUAGUUUAAGUUUACUGCUUGUUUUAUGUUCUCUAAUUUUGUAGCUGCAGACAGUGACUGAUAUUUUGAGAUAAAACAAAAAUCAUAAUUGAUUCUAUACCGCGGCCGGCUAGAUCUAACGGAAAUGUUGGAGGUUGAUAGAUUUUUAUGUAUAUAUAAUUUCUGUGCCUAUUUAUUUCACAUUUAUUAGUAUUUAAUAAACAGUGCACAUAUUUUUAUUGGAAUACACUAGUUGUUGAUACAGUUCACGUAACAGAAUCUCAAAAGGUUGUUUUUUUUUAUUAAUAAAUGCUAUGUUUUAUGUUAGUUUCACAUUUUUUUAUUUCAAGAAUAUUGUCACUGGUAUUUCGGCUAAAAAUUGUUAUGGUUGGAUAUUUUUAAACAUUUUUUACUAAUAUUUGUUUUUAUGUGGCGAAUGUAAUAGAAUCUCUCUUUCGUUCUUCUUUAAUUAGAUACUAAUCUUUUUCCGGCUCAUUCAUUGACUCAUGAAGAGACUGAGAUAUUAAUAUUAUUAUGAUCCGUUUUCUUUGCCUGUUUGUAUGAUAAAUUUGCUCUAAACUGUUCUACUCAACACUAGGAGAUUUCAUAAAUCUAGUGAUUUGAAUUUGAUUCGUUUCAGGCACUUGUCAAAAGCUCCAGCCUUCUGAGUCAUUCUUCAAAAAUGUGCCGGACAGUCUAUCGUUGUGCACCACAGUUAUACUCAGGAAUAAGGACUUUUCCCCAUAUAUAUGUAAGCUUCCAGCAAAUCCUUGUGAUUUCUGAUCGAUACAAGUCAUUUAGGGUUUCUUCCUAAGGCGAGUCGUUCUCCCAUUGUCUUUUCCAGGAGUUGAUGAAUCUGAAAUUUUUCUGAUGUAAUGAGGUGGCCUUUUUAACAAUGGAUGAUAUCUGGAACGCAGUAUAUUCAGUUCCAUAUGGAGCUUGUCAUGUUGGAUGGAUAGUUGAUGGUUAGUCUGGAUUUUCUAUAUUCACUGAGAAGAGAAUAAGUUAUUCGUAGUUUAGUCGAUGGGAUGUGAUUCACAAUGGGAAGCUAAUAGUUCGGUGUAUACAAGUUCCAGAGCUAAGUAUACAAGUCCCAGAGCGGAUGAUCUGAGUAAAGAACUUGAGGAACUUCAUGUGGUUCCACAUUUUGGAUUAUAUUAUUUCUCGUUUUUAGUUUUGCUGCCGUUUUUUGUAUGUGUUUGUCUAAAGUCAUUUAGUGUUUUAAGGUAUUUUUUUAAUGUGGGAAAAUGUAUUAUUAUUUUGUUGUUGUUUUUGUUGUUCCUUUUCCUCCUUUUUCUAUCAUCAUCUUUAUGUAGUGAUAUAAUUGUUUGUUUAUUUUGUGAUAUUUUUUCAUUAAUUUCUUCCUCUACUCAUAUUCUUUUGUUGUUUACAGUAUUAUAGGUCCAAUACAGUACUAUUUUCUUUUCUUUUAUACAACUACAGUUUUUCUAUAUUAUAAUUGUCUGUUGAUAUUUUUGUGAUAGUUACUUAAUAAAGAUUCUUCUGAUUGAUUAAAAAAGCUAAAAAUUUGUAUUUGUGAAAGAUAUUUACUGAUUAAAAAUUGUUUUUAUUUAUUUAUUUAAUUUUUUGCCUGAAUAGUGACAAUAUUCACUUGGAAUCGUUCUUCCUAUUUUUUCUAUGACAAAAAUAAUAUACUGCAAUAAAGUUUUUGUAUAUAAACAUGAUAUUCAACAAUAAAUAAGAUGCUCAUAUAA